CUCACCCCGCCAAUAUUUUUCCCUUUCGGAGCCAAAGAAAUAGCAGAAGCCUCGGUCGAACCAGUGAAGUCAGCCGGAUGGCUGAAAGGUGUACGGCGGAACUGAACUCUCCACAUGUUUUCACUUUUGAAGUCGAACUAAAUGUUUUAACGGUUUUAAGCUUGUGUGCCCAUUGAAUGUUAAACUACUAUGUUGGGUUUGCAUUUUGUUUUAAACUCAAACUUCGCACCGUUCGGUGUUCUGCUUUUGGAUGCUUUGGGAAAACUAGCUUAAAUUUUCUAAGCAGGUGAUGUAACCGAUAUGCUAGUGUUAUGUACAGGUCUGAAUGUGAAGUUAAAACCUAAGGUUUAAUGAGUAUAUAAUGUGAUGAUGUUUUCCAAUAGUACGAGAAGAAGUAGUAGGAUGUUACAAGAAGUAGUAGGGUGUUAUAAGAGUGCACCCAUCAUCAAGAACAGACGCCUCACUCGCUCCUCAUCAAACUGCCUAAAACAUUCUAGGGUCAAACAAUUUGGCGUCCACCGUGGGGAUGAGUGAAGCACUGAAGAAAGGAUGUAUGAGAGCUCCGGGACUCCUGUCAAGGGUGUAGUAGAAAGAAGCAACAUUCAGGGAUUGGAGAUGCCAACUAUGGAGGAAGAAAUGGAGAUGGAAGACCGCGUAAAGAGUCAGGGAAGCAAAUAUCCAGCAUGCAAGAAAGCAUCGGCCAGAUCUUGGCCAUGCUCAAAGAAAAAAGCAUACCUGAAAAGGGAAACGACACACAUGAAAGCUCGAGGAAGCAGAAGACAAAAGGUAAAGAAAGAGAAGAGGAUCCUGAAAGCCCUGCUCAGACAGUAGGCGAGGAGUCCGAAAAGGAAGAGAACGCUGAAGAUUUCAACCUGAGUUUUCUAGAGGAGCACCUUAGACCGUCGUAUGAAAGGGCAAAAGCCCACAACAACAUCCUCCAAAACCCCCUAGCCAAAAGUCUAUUCAGAACACAGGUCCCUUCCAACUUCUCGUCGAUGGGGUUGCCAACCUAUAGCGGGAUUUUUUAUACUACAGACCACUUGAGCGCCUUUAUGCUCAAAAUGCAACUAAUCAAUGCCUCGGACGCAGAUUUAUGCAAGGCGUUCCCAGUCACGUUCGACGGUUAGUGUCGAACCUGUUAUACCUCCCUUCCGGAAAGGAUUAUCGAGAGCUACGAGCAGUUUGCCACGCUGUUCUCAUCAAAGUUCGCGUCUCAAAGAAGAAGGAAGCUUACCGUGUCGGCACUUAUCAACUGCAAGCAGGGAGGAGAAGAGACGAUGACAGACUUCUAUGAUAGGUGAAACACCAUAGCAUGUGAAGUACAAGAAAUCUCACCAUGCGUGGCACCGGGUAACCUGGGAAUGUCGACGCAUAGCUGCGAGUUGAAAAGAGCGCUCAUAAAAAAGGAUCACGUCUUGAAGUCUUGACCUGACCUGGAUCGCCUAGUGAGAAAGGCAAUCAUGCUAGAGGAAGAGCUAAUACCUGAAGACAACGUCAAGCGCAUCAACCCCAGAGUUGAGAAUGUAGAAAAGAAAAGGGGAGGAUCGCCAAAGAGAAGAGGGCGCUCACAGACAGGCAGAAUUAUAAGCCACGGUACCCCAACCGCGACAACAGGCACCAAGUGUUUACCACUGAAAAAGAGGAAAGACAUGGAGAGCGACCAGUCUCGUGGGAUUCUCGAGGUCGAAAUUCGGGUGUUGGGUUUAAUAACCUUGCAAGUGACAAUAGGAGAGGCAUUAGGGAUGGUGACUGGUGUGCAUUAUCGGCGCCUUGGCGGGCGUCAGCAACCCCGGUCCUCUCUGUCUGAGAGGGUAAUGGGUACAUCGUGCGGCGGUUCGCUCUCGGCUUCGGAAUAGCUAAAAUUCCCAAGGUAAUCGCCAACCGUCGAGAACGUUCCCUGCAUACCGGCAGAAGUGCCAGCAUGGCCUAGGCGGUCCUCGACUAUCCCUAAAAGUCCAUAACCAAGACUACCUAAGUUCCCUCUAACGAGUAAGAACUCGAAAAUAGCACACUAGGUCUAAGUUCUCUACUUCCCAUUCUAAGCCAGACAGCGAAAAGGGAAAGAAGUCAAAACAUACCUUGAGCGUCCUAUUUAAAUCUAGAGGAUGGACCGCUCGACCCGCCUCUAGUCUUUGCAGAAGAUCAAGGAAGACUGGUGCCCGAGCUGGAAGUCCGGACCUCGCCGGAAGUUGUGGCAGCGGCAACGUCGCCGAAAAGGUUCUCGUUCUGACUAUCAGAGGGAGUAGUGCUCUGAGAAUCGAUCGCCAUUCUAAAUUGUCGAUGUUUUUUCUUCCUUCGUUGUUGCUUUCUCUUCCUUUGUUACUGGGAUUGUUUGAACUCGGCCAAGAAGUCCGCUCGGUUCAGUGAUGAAAGGAGGAGAUGAUCUCGCAAAUAAGAAGAAAGGGAGAAUCCUGAGCAGCAAGCAGUUUUGACAGAGUAACAAGGAGAGCUCGAAAAAGAAAAUGCUGAAGAAGAAGAAUGAAUAAGAAGAAUGAUGGGAAGGUAUAAAUAAGCAGCCCGAAGGGAAAAAAGGGGCAACGACACAACGGUUGAGUGACCAAGUCAGAAACCCUAAUCUACAAAUUUCAAAAUAACAGGCAGGCGAAGCGACGUCUGAGUUGCCCGUUGUCAGGGCAGACAGGGCUCGACAUUCGAGUGCCGCCACGUGGCUAAGCAUGUAGAGGGGAUGGAGAAACGCAAAGGGUAAACUGCUUCAGAAAGCUCUAGAAGACCGCAAAACAUUCGAGUGCUGCCACGUGACUAAGCAUGCAUAGGGGAGGGAGAAACGCAAAGGGCAAACCGCUUCGGAAAGCUCUGGAAGACAGCACAUGUUUAUGGUUAAGUAUAGGAGCAUUGGGCGUGGAAAAUCUCCGUCUCUCGCGCAGCCAGGGGCAUGAUAUAGUGUAGCGGUUAUAUGAGACGGACCGCUCAACAUGAACGCUGAGAAGAUUAUAGCCAACUUCACGACUAAAGGGCAAUUGUUGGG